AGAUUCGCCGACGACGGAGCAAGACGGCCAAGAAAUGCGUGUCGCCACCAGUCGCCAGCAGUUCGUCAGAAUCAGUGCUUGUUUGCGGGAGCAGAAAAAAUCUCUGCCACCAUGAAGGUUCUAGCAGCUCUCCUGGUUGUCGUCGCUGUGUGUGAGGCACGACACCAUCACUCGCACCAUGAGCGUGAGUUCAACAAGACCCAGUGCGUCGGAAAGUGCGUCGAAGGACCUGAGGCGUUCCACAUGCCAGAGGUGAUGAAGCUGAAGGAGAAGGCCUAUGCGGAGUGCCAUGCCGAGGGCAAGUGCCCCCUGAACAAGCCGUCAAUCCGUCAACGAUCACCGUGUGUAGACGGCAAGAGUGCUGGCGAGUAUGAUUGCUCCAACAUUGACAUGAUGUCGUAUGUUUCCCUUCGUGACAUGGGCAGCAAUGGUGACGGUAACGAUAUCUGGGGAUGGACUGAUGAGCCCGAACCCGGUCUUCGCUUCGAGUAUGCCAUUGUCGGUAUGGCCGAUGGCACUGCUUUCGUCGACGUCACCGAAGCCGAAUCACCUGUCGUUCUCGGCAUGCUGCCAACGCACACGUUCAGCAGCUCGUGGCGUGACAUCAAGGUCUACAAGAACCACGCUUUCAUCGUGAGCGAGGCCACCAGCCAUGGAAUGCAGGUAUUCAACCUGCUGCGUCUGCGCGACCGACCGCCACCAGGAACCGUUCCUCGUUUGACCGCCGAUGCCCACUACGGAAUGGUCGGCAACACUCACAACAUUGUUAUCAACGAGGAGACUGGCUAUGCUUAUCUCGUCGGUAGUACUCGCAGCGGCAGCGGCUAUCGCGUGUGCUCCGGUGGUCUGCACAUCGUGGACAUCCGUGAGCCUCUGACCCCGGUGUUCUCUACCUGCUAUGGCGGUGAUGGUUAUACUCACGAUGCCCAGUGCGUCAUCUACCAUGGACCGGAUGUGCGUUACCAUGACCACGAGAUCUGCUUUGCCUACAACGAGAACACACUGACUGUCGUCGACGUCACCAACAAGAACAGCAUUGUCAUGCUGUCGCGUACGCCGUACCAGGAUGUCUCCUAUUCCCACCAGGGUUGGUUGACGGAGGAUCACGCCUACGCCAUCUUGAACGACGAACUCGACGAGAUGUACACGUCUGAGAAGCGCACCCGCAGUCUGCUCUGGGACGUCAAGAACCUGGAAGCACCCGUUCACUACAGCUCGUUCCUGUCCACGGAGAGAUCCGUCGAUCACAACCUCUACAUUGUGGGAAAUCUGGCCUAUGAGGCUAACUACUGCGCCGGCCUUCGCAUCCUGGACGUCGCCGCCAUCGAGGGUGGUGCCGAGCAAGUGCAGGAGGUGGCUUACUUCGACGUCGCGCCCGACUGGAACACGGUCUCCUUCCACGGCUCGUGGAGCAGCUACCCAUACUUUGCCAGCGGCAACGUCAUUGUCAACAGCAUCGAGCGGGGCCUGUUUGUCCUGCGCCCCAACCACGAGACCAUCAAGAAGCUGCAGGCGGACGCCAAGCUGAAGCGGGAGGCGAUUGCCAACUAGGCGCGCGUGCGCGUGUCACCUCAUGAUGUGGACUACACAUGCUUUAAUACAAACCUGUGUUCACUGUUACCCUUGUUUGUUGUCAUCCUGAUCUCGUGCCACUUGCUAUACCAGAACCACUUCUAUUUUCUCUGCCACUGGCUUGAGGGAAAGAUGCAAUGGGAAAAUUCUUUUCUUAUCUCUAUACUUGUAAAAUUAUUACUGAUUCCCGGGAUUCCCGGGCUAUGGUCUCAUUUAUCAUGGUUGUGCUGUGCUUGUGCCCCUACUGCUUCGAUCUACAUGUACAUGUUAAUGUGCACUAUCAGUUAUUUCUCAA